AUAACCAUGCAGGCAGGUCUAUCGAGUAAAAGCAUGCCUGAAGGUCGAAGCGACCUCGAGGUGACAUUUGAGCCGGGCGGUCCGCGCUAGUCGGUCGUUAGGGGUUGAGCUACAGUACUCUAGAGGUAUACCGUACCAACAUCAUCAUUAUCAUCGUCAUGUGCACAGGUCGUUCGUUCAUCGAUAUACCUUUGAUCAGUCCGGCUCGAGACAAAAUAGACCUUUGGGGUACGAUCGCACUCGUAGUCGGCCGACGGAUCGACGGAUCGGGUCCAGCUCAAGGAAGCUUUCGACGGCAGGAGACCGUUCGGGACGUAGGUCAGAAAGCGAUCCUCUAGUUGGAGUUCCAAGCAAGCCGCCUGUAUACAACUGUCAAGAUCAAAAUAUCAUGGGGUACACACCCCUGCAGGUCAUUCCUCCGGCGGCAGCCACGCCUUUCGAUCCUGCCCCGUACCCUACCGCAUUGUCGUUCGACCCAUAUGCCGACUUGCUAUUAGUCGGCUCGUCUUCCGGUACCGUGACUAGCUACUGCAGUGCAGUCUCGCUCGAACGUCAUGCGGUGUACUGCGCUCAUGGGAGCAAGGGAUUCGGAACGUAUAGUACCAUGCGGAUGGGCUUUGGAGCUGGAGAAGUGAGGCAGCUCAAAGUGGUAGACAAGGAGAUCUGGAGUUUGACCGAGGGCGGACUAGCAGGAGCGAAGCGGGGAGGUUUGGUCAGAUGGACAGUCAGCGAUCCACUGUUCGCACUACGUACUUUCGACUCGAAUCCGCUCAACUCUCACGAGAUUGUCGCCGGUGGAACGGGAGCACGCCUGACAAUCGUCAAUACUUCGCAGGGCAAAGUAGCGAAGAAUGUGGACCAACCUCAUUCCUUGUCCCACAUCUUCACGCUGCCCAGAUCGAUCCUCACGGGAUCUCCCUCGGGCCUCUUGCAGAUCUUGGAUCCUCGACAGAAUUACCGCCAGGUCUCGGUCCUCUCAGCGCCGAGCUCGCAGACUGGAGGGCUUACCGGCGUAGACGUGCAAGGAGAUUUGGUUGCCGCCUGGGGUUGGAACGUACUACAAGGUCAACCUACUCCCUCUUCGACCGUUUCACUAUACGAUCUGCGGACGUCGCGUAUGCUGCCGCCUGUAAAUUUCGAUCAAGGCGUAUCUUGGGCCAAACUCGAUCCUCACAAGCCGAGCAGUAUCGUCGUCGUCAGCUCGUCUGGGUUCAUCGACGUCCUAGAUACGAACGAGGACGAGAACUCGAGAAGCGAUUCGGCCGAGAACGGUAUUCAGCUCGACAUCGAUCAAUAUGUGACAGCCUUGGCAAUAUCACCACGGGGAGACUACCUUGCCGUCGGUGACUCCCUCGGUCAAGUCCAACUCCUCACUUCGCACGAUAUAUCUGCCGAGUCGGAUUUGGUCGGCGUGGAUGGCAUGCUUCAUCUUCCUCCUCUGAAUGGUCACGAUAACGGGACGAAGGUGGAAUGGCCCGACUUGCCGAUGCCCGUUCCUGAUGUGAAAUGGGCCAAUCGAACUCCUCUAAACGUGAUUGGGAUGCCGUUCUAUGACACACCGCUUCUUUCAAAUUUUGCCCCGGCCGACUAUGCUACGGCCUCCUCGCCAUUAUUCAACCCAUCAAAACCCAUCCCUUCCGCCGUGCUGGCCAACAUGCGGAUCAUCGAUGGGGUCGGAUAUGCUCCUCUACCUAGAGAUAUGAAGGGCAAACGCAACGUAGUAUGCGAAGAUAGUAGUGCGAACCUCAUCUCUGCCGACUCUGGGCCCCAUGGGAUCAUGGGUCGAGGGAAACUUGCACUACGCAAAGAGAGCGGGCCGAAGUUCCGCAGUGAAAGAAACAGGCGAGGCGCAGCUGAAGUGCUUGACGAUGAGGCUUCGGGUUUGACGGGACUGACGAAUGGACCAUCCAUGCCGAAACAUUAUCGCAAAGUGGAAAUCAAAUACUCCAAAUUUGGUGUCGAAGACUUUGACUUCGAGUUCUAUAAUAAGACACAGCAUAGCGGUCUCGAGACACACAUCUCGAAUUCGUACACGAACAGUUUGCUGCAGGCAUAUCACUACACGUUGCCGUUCAGGGCGUGUGCCAAAGCUCACUUGGCGAUAGAUUGCCCAAAAGAGCACUGCAUGCUCUGCGAGUCGGGUUUCUUGUUCCGUAUGCUGGAGGAUGCCAAAGGGAUCAAUUGUCAAGCGAGUAACUUCUCAAGAGCCUUUAGCGCUACUUCGCAGGCGCAUGCCCUUGGCCUGUUUGUCCCAGAAAGCGAGGCCAAGAAGAAGGACUUCGCCGCCUUGAUACAGAAAUUUAAUCGGUGGUUCACAAAUACCGUUGCUGCGGAAGACGCGCCAACUGGCCGCAGAUCGGACAGCCACCGCAAUACUCCACCGAAUGGGUCUGGCACGACGAGUUCGCUGAUAACUCGAGUUCUAGCAUUGAAGGGACGGACGGACAACGCAUGCUCUCUCUGCGGCCAAUCGGUAUUCAAGGAAUUCUCAGCACAUGUCGUUGACAUGCUGUACCCUCGCAAGUCGACAGGCACAUCCCUUGGUGACGAAGGCUGCUUUGCCAGUAUCUUGCAGAAUUCACUCACCCGAGAGACUACAACGAAGACGAAUUGCACAAACUGUAGCAGAUUGACCACAUUCACCAGUCGUCGGCGGUACGGCACUGACAUGCUUGGCAACGAGGUUCGAAGGUUCCCACCCGUUCUCUCGAUAAACGCCUCCAUUAUAUCGGAUGAGCAUCUGGAGGUCUGGAGAGAUACGCCCUUGGCCCGAAGCAAACAUGGACGGAAAAGAUUCUUACCAGACGGUGUGCGCAUACGCCUCGGGGAAGGAGGGGAUGUGCAGGUAUACGAUGAUAACGACAGUAGCCCAAGUCAACCACAAGACAUGCGUUAUAUCGUUAGGGCAUUCGUAGCAUCGAUACAAGAGCACGAGUCCGAUGAAGCGCAUCUUGUCGCGUUUGUCAGAGCACCGAACGAUACCGAUGCGACCACGUCUCACGAUCAACCGAGAUGGCUGCUCUUCAACGAUUUCCUAGUCAAGGAAGUCAGUGCCGAUGAAGCUCUAAGUUGCGCGCCAGCAUGGAAGAGCCCCGCACUCGUUGUGUUGGAACGCAUCGGCACCGAAGACGUUUUGGAUUUGGAGGGACUACCUAAACAGAUUGACCCUACCAUCCUCGUUCGGGAUUCCUUGAUUUCCGGUCGGCGAAAUCGGCAGCAAAUCAAGCACACCUGCUUAGAUCUCGACGAGAUACCGUCACCAGGUACUCUUGUUGCUAUCGACGCGGAAUUUAUCGCAUUACAACUUGAAGAGUUAGAAAUCCGAUCCGACGGCACCAAAAAUGUGUUACGACCGACAAAAAUGUCGCUGGCGCGAGUUUCGGUUUUGCGAGGCGAUGGAGCACGGGAAAGUCUGCCAUUCAUCGACGAUUAUAUCCAUACCAGCGAACCGGUGGUGGAUUACCUGACCGAAUUCUCUGGCAUCAAAGAGGGAGACCUCAACCCCUCUACGUCUAUACACACAUUGGUGCCACUCAAAGUCGCAUACAAGAAACUGCGAACGCUUGUCGACCUUGGCUGCGUCUUCGUCGGUCAUGGUCUGCCGAAAGACUUCCGAACGAUAAACAUUUUCGUUCCUCCAACUCAGGUGAUCGACACUGUCGCUAUUUUCUAUGAUCCGUCUCGUCAUCGCAGACUUUCCUUGCGAUUCUUAUCAUGGUUCCUUCUCAAGCAAGACAUCCAAACUGCGGAACACGACUCAAUCGAGGACGCAAGAUGUGCGCUACAGCUUUACAAAAAGUAUCAAACUUUCGUGCAGGAAAAUCGCUUCGAGGACGUAUUGGAGGAUAUCUACGAAGCAGGGCAGAGGCUCGUGAGUACAGAUAUGGCGUGAAAUCUUUCGUCGCCUUGACAAGUGUUGACCGAUAUGAUCCAGGGCUUCAAACCUCCUCAAACGAACGAAGCGGGACCUGCCGUCAGCUCGCCAACCUCACAGGCGCAACGGACGCCAGAGAGACUGUCUAAUCGAAGGAACCCGCGAGGUCCUCUGGAAGGGUCCGGGCGGAAUACUGUCGGGUCUCCUAUGCGGCAU